UCGUUCACGUCGUUUUUUGUGUCACGGUACUUGUGAACUUUGGACUGCAUUGUUCUAUGAUUACAGAAGGCAAAACCAAGUUAUUCAAAUACUAGAAAUCGAAACUGAGAGAAGCAACUUCGGGAAAAGGAUGAAUGAGUGAGUUUUGACAUCUACCCAGUCCCAUGGCGUCUGCCCUAAGCCAUCUCUCUCCAAUGUCUGUAAGAGUGAGAGAAGGAUGGAGUGAUAAUGGAAGAGCAGAGGAGCAGGUGGAGGAUGAAUUUGCGUGUUCCGGAGUGCUACGCGGUGCCCUGUGGUCCUUCCAUCCCUCAGUGGAGAGGAUAUUUGGGGUGUCCUUUACGAUCGGUAGAGAGGAGGAUGCUGUGUUACCCCAUGAUGGACAGAUCUGGCUCAAACUAAAAGGAGAGAGGAAGGACGCGGUGGCUGCCAAAUUGUUUGUGAAGGGAGUUGUGAACCAGGAGGCCCAGCAGGAGGUUCCAUAUCCAGGUGUCCUUCACUGUGUGUUCUGUGGAGCCCGAGGGCUGUUCAUGGAGUGCCUGAUCAGAAACACCUCUGCUUACAUACUGGUGGGUUCCCCAGGCUUCCUACUCAUCUCAGGACUGGCAGAACCAGUGGUCAGGGCCUAUUCCCUCAUCACAGACCUGGUGAAGAACUACGAGGUCACCCAGGGACGAAGAACCGAGCCUGGCGACAGAGGAUCAGGCGAGACCCUGGAUUCCCGUCGGGCCUUCAAAUCCCUGGUGGAGAGAUGGGAGGACAGGCACACUCUGGAUCUGCUGGUGCUACCAGGGGUGGUGAAGGAGACUCUACUGGAUCUGGUGAGGGAGUCUGGGCUGGGAUCCAACCCCGGUCCUGGGGGCUCGAACCUCAGUCUUGGGGGGUCUAGAGACAGAGCGGGUCUAAUGGACACUGAUAGCCAGAGACGAUGGGACAACCAGUCAGGCUUGGACAUACUAAAACUUAUGGAUACCAGAGUAGGGACCAGAGCUGGAGAGGCUAGGGACAUAGAGGGAAUGCAGGGGAUUUCCACAUCAAGGAGAAAACCUCCUGUAAAUUCCACCCACAACCAAGACCCUGGUCUACAGAAUAUUGGGCAGCUUUCUCAACAAAAGACGUUCACUAGCUUACAUGUACAAGAACGAGAGAUGGGCAAAGAUGGGUCACAGAGAGCGAUAGAGAAAGACGCAGCACCUCGACUUCCCAUCUUCCACUCUUUCCUUCAAACCGAGGAGGAGGGGCAAGGAUGUUCCCAACAGGAGGUAGAGGAUGAAGAACAGGGGGAGGAAGGAGAGGGGGAGAUGUUGUCAGUAGGGAGUAGGGAGGAGUUUGGGCUCUUGCUGAAGUUCUUCACGGCUAUGGGCUAUGCAGAAGAUGUGGUAAUGAGGGUCCUGGCCCAGACCGGACCCAGAGAAGUCUCCCAGAUUCUGGACCUGGUCCAGCAAGAACAUGACCGGACCGGUCUGGCCAUGAACCGCCCAGUGGAGAUGGAGGACACAGAGGUAGAGGAGAGGGAAGGUAAAGGAGUGAGAGGAAAGAGAAGCGGUAUAGAUGGAGGGAUGGGAGUGGAGCUGGAGGGAGGUGUGGAAGAAGGGGCGGGGAGUAGAGAGGAGGGGAGAAAAGGCAGGGAAAGUGGAGGGUCUACCGCUAACCUGUCUGAGGAUUCACUGAAGGAAGGCAGGGAGAGGGUCGAGGGCGGCAUGGAGGGAGGCGAAUGGGGGAACGAGGAGGAUUUUGUCCUGGGAGUUGUGAAGAGGGCCGCAGCCAGUUGUGGAUACACAGAGGAGAAGGUAGCAGAAGUGUACAGUAUGUUACCUGAACUGUCCACACGCCAGCUACUCCUGGAGCUACAGAGGGAGGGAGCCAGAGAGACAGAAGCUGCAUCCCAGGACCAGGUACGAGACGGACCAAGAGAGGUGGAUGAGGCUGUCUCAGAGCUACAUAGAAAGGACAGAGCAGGAGACAGGAAGGAGGAGAGAGGUAGAGAGAUGGAGGCACCAGCACCGCAGUCCACUGCUACUGAGAAGAGAGGAGAAGAAAGAAAGAGUGUGAAAGGAAAGAGUGAAAGGAAGACCAAUGAGGUAGGAGUGACCGCGCCGAACCGAAUCGGCGAUGGUGCAGUUAAGGUUGAACCAGAUCUGGCUCAAUGGAAUGCCAUGACAAACCAGAUUCCGUUCCCGAUUCACAGUCACCAGAAGAAUCCCACACAGACACACACCCCCCAUCGAGCCAGCCCCCCUUUAGUCACAGGGCCGCCUCAGCCUACCUACCCCAACACACUCCCCCCACAACCCACCUACCCUAACACACUAUCCCCACAACCCACCUACCCCAACACAUUACUCCCACAACCCACCUACCCCAACACAUUACUCGCACAACCCACCUACCCUCUCUUAUUUCCCCAUCAACUCGUUUACCCUCCCACCCAGCCACCCCAGACCCCCUUACCCCCCACCCUUACCAUGAAUAACUCCUCAACAACCAGAGCGAAGGAGGAACGUGGUCUCUUUCCCCUAGCAGUAGAGGGAAGGGAUCUCCCAGCCCUAACAGCGAUGGCUGUUGAUAGACGAGGUCCCUCGACCAUGGCAGCAGGGGCUGUGGUGACAGGGCAACAGCGCUUCAUGGAAGGCCUCCAGACUCCAUUUGACCUCAAGCUGACCGACCAACCAGGAGACCCGGGACUCAGGAUGGUCAUUAUCGACGGGAGCAACGUUGCGAUGAGUCAUGGGCUGGGCCAUUUCUUUUCGUGCCGAGGCAUCGCCCUGGCGGUGCAACACUUCUGGAACCGCGGGCAUCGCAGAAUCAGUACCUUCCUGCCCCAGUGGAGGCAGAAGAGAGACCACCGGGGCAAAGAGCAGCACUACCUUAGUGAGCUCCAGAACCUGGGUCUGCUCUCCUACACCCCCUCCAGAGAAGUCCAAGGGAAGAGGAUCAACUCAUACGACGACAGGUUCAUGCUGCAGCUGGCCCAGAAGACCGAUGGAGUGAUCGUGACAAACGACAACCUCAGAGACCUGCUGGAUGAGUCUCAAGUAUGGUGCGAAAUCAUCAAGAAAAGACUCCUCCAAUACACGUUUGUGGGGGAUCACUUUAUGGUACCGGAUGAUCCGCUGGGCCGAGGAGGACCCCACCUAGAUGACUUCCUACACUCCCAGCACAGGCCUCCUGUCCCAGGCAGUCACUCAUUUGCAGGUGUGGCAUCCUCCUUCCACUCUCCCCGAGCUCCAAGGGCCCAGACAGAGGUCCUUCAGUUCCGUGACUGGACACCAGGGGUCGGUGUGGAGCCAGAGCCCAGCCAGGCCAGGGGGAAUGGGCAGGCUAGGGCUGGACGCGGUGGCCCAGGGAUGGGCCUUGGUCUGGGGCUGGGAGUGAAGAGGAGUGCAGAAGAGACCUCCAGGCUUAGGGAGAGCCUAUCCCAGGUGUUCCCAGGACAGGAUAGCAUGGUUACUCUGGUGCUGCAGUGUAAUCCUACAGUGACUGACAUCAAUUCAUUGUCACACUUUAUACUGGAGCAGGAGAGUGUAGACUGAGAGUAGUGUUGUGUGUGUGUGUGUGUGUGUGUGUGUGUGUGUGUGUGUGUGUGUGUGUGUGUGUGUGUGUGUGUGUGUUCCAGAGAAGAAGAUGUAUUAAUGUAUUUUAUUUCAGUGUUUGAUUGAUAAGUCUCAGUUUAUAGACCGACGGGGCUAAACAUUGUUUCUUAAUCUAUUUCUAUCGAAUUAAGUUUGAAAACAGGACCAAAAAUCGAACCAUAUUAAUCUUAUGGACAGGGGCGCAACUUUCACUGUUUUUUUAAAUAAUUGCACUGUUUUAUCGUUGCAGUGUGAUACAAAACGUGGUUCCAGUAUGCUUUACGGUCAUGCAAAAGCCUCACAGCUGUCGGCUAGGCUGUUUUCUGGUUUCAGCUAGCUGGAUUUCGGUCUGCACAGUCAACACAGAGCAUGCAGACAGCAUGUAUGAAGGCAAAUCUUCUGAAAGGCUGGCAUAUAGGACCAGCACAGGAGAGAUGAACAGAGGCAGCUUCUGUCUCUGUUGCACUUUUUCUAAGAGUUGUAAAAACAAGCAGAACAGAAACUGGCAACUCCUUAGAUGACUGAUCUAGCUGUGAAUGUAACUGCUGUUUGACAGAAAUAAUAUUCUCAGUGCAGCUAGUAGUGUAACUGGCAUGUUACGUUAGCUAAUGUUUCAUCACCUCUUGACUGAAGUGAAUGAACUGCUAGCGGCUUGUUAGCUCGCUAGUAUCUCCCACAGCCAGUUCAGCUCUAGCUAGCCUCUAGCUAUCUGUCAGGUAGCAGUAUCUAACAGCUGUUGUUUGUUUGGAAAUGUUUUGUAGCUUUUGUUAUGUCCCGUUUCAACAGAAGUACAUUAAACUAUGUACUAUUCUACCAUUAGUUAGCAGAGCUAGCCAAAAGUUGGCUAAUGUUAGCUAGCUAGCUUUUUUUUGCCUAAAUCACAGUAGUCUUGAACCAACCGAUGAAAUCAGCGGCCAAAUGAUUGACGACAGAUAUUGUGAUGUUUUUUCAGCACAUUGUAUGUUUUUAUUAGUCAGUACAGCAAUGUAACGUUAUUGAUCUGUCCGUUUCCCUAGCUAAUUCCCUACUUUUCACACUGACACAGUAUAAACAGCUCUACAGGCUGCACUGUCAUGGUGCACAGUCAGUACACAAUACUAUGCUCAUCAUGUCUUAGCAGGAUCAGAUGGUGACAGGUGUCCCUGCAGCGUUAGACAGCCAUGGAAGACUAGUCUAGAGAUCUCAGGUGUAUUUUGCAGUAUAUUUUAACAAUCAGUGAAUAAAUACAGUUCCAUCUUGAGUUGAUGAGUAGGCUAGUCUGGGAUCUGGGAAUAAUGGUAAUUUCAAUUGUUUAACCAUUGAUUCUAUUCCUGGUAUAUAUAUCAUGUAUAAAUGUACCCCAAUGUAAUUCUUUGUCAUGCCUCAUCUGAGCGGGAUCAGAUGGUGACAAGGGUCUCAUCAGGGUCAGGUAGCCAGGGAAGACCAGUCUGUGACGGAGCUGAGGUGAUUUAUUGCAGAUACAUGACUUCAUUUUCUCUGUGCAGCAAACACUGGACAAGCAAGACGCUUCAAAGAUUAUAACUAUUCUAAGACAGUCUGACAAGCCUUUAAAGUUGAUUUCCAAACUGUAUCAAGUGUUGAUAGAGGCUUUUCCCAAUGACACAAAAUGUAAAUGUAUGUAAUGCAUGUAAAACAGAAAUGUGAGGAGGCCUUAGAGACGCUAUUGAUGAUGAUGACUGGAUACAGAUAUGUUAGAAUGCUCCAGGGGUCGUUGUGGAGCCAGAGCCCAGCCAGGCCAGGGGGAAUGGGCAGGCUAGGGCUGGACGCGGUGGCCCAGGGAUGGGCCUUGGUCUGGGGCUGGGAGUGAAGAGGAGUGCAGAAGAGACCUCCAGGCUUAGAGAGCCUAUCCCAGGUGUUCCCAGGACAGGAUAGCAUGGUUACUCUCUCCGUCACGUUCAUUUCAUUUCAGACAGAAAGUACUGCACUUUAAGACCAUCCGUGGAACGUACUAUAUGUCAAUGAAACUGAAUAUCAUGCACUCAGAAAUGUAAUUAUUCUGCUGGAGGUGUAAAACACAAAAGGGGACAUAUUUGCUUAUGUUGUAGUCUUGUGAAGGCUGACUGAAUUCUGGCAAUGACUAUGUUCUUUUAUCUCAGGAUGUCUACAGAUUCUCACUUGUUUUUGUUUGCUUGGAAAUGUUGAUACUGGAGACUAUUGUCAGAAGAAACUGUAACCUAGCAUUUAUAGUGGCUAAGAAAUGCUUUGACAUUCAUUGGAAGGUUGGUUAUCCUCCCGAAAUUGAUGGAAGACAUGUCAAGUUAUGUUUCACUAGAUUGGAUUUAUUAAAAGAUUAAGGGUAUACUGUGCAACUUUCAUAAGGUCUGGAUGCCUUAUAUGGAAUACUGACAAAAGGAGUCUGUAUUGAAAGCAUGCCCACAUCAGGGGAGAUACCUACUUAAGUCAACCCUAGCUGCUAGGCUGCUCAGUCCUGGCCCUGGGGGUCUGCCGUAAUGUUGGUUGUCACUCUGGCCUUGGGCUAACAUAGCUGAAACCUAUAAUGAAUGUUUCCUAAAGCUGAGUGGAGUGUGUUGGUUUGGGGCGCAGCCGGAUGGUGGACCCCUAGGGGCAGGACCGGGUGACCCAGCUAUAUUGUGUGCAAGUAAAAAGAGCUCUACAUCACUAUUAGACCUUUUUUUUUUUUUACUAGGUAAGUCUGUUAAGAACAAAUUCAUAUUUACAAUGACGGAAAACUCCAGCCAAACCCGGACUACACCCUAUGGGACUCCCAAUCACAGCCAGAUGUGAUAUAACCUGGAUUUGAACCAGUGACACCUCUUGCACUGAGAUGCAGUGCCUUAGCUUUAGAUGCCCCCAAAAAUGAGAGGACCACCAAGUUAUGCCCCUGCCUAAGGAUAUUACUGCAGAAAUAGUUUGUACCCUAUUAUUUUAAUGCUUAGGUCACUGUUGUAUUUUGUGGAUGUGAUGACUAGUGUUGCUAAAUUCAAUGUACUUUGCUUUUAUUUAUUAAACAUAAUAUUACAGUAUGGUAAUAUAAAGUUGCUGAUGCUCAACUUCAAAUCAAACAUUUCGGACUGAAAAUUUAACCUCUCAACUUUCUAGAGUUUUCCCAGUUAGUUAACACUAUCAACGUUUCCCUUUACUGUGGGAAUUGUGAUCAAAUCAAUGCAAUAUUAGACACUUUCACUACAAAAUAACAAAACAUAAACUAUGCAAGAGAUUUUGGUAAUAAUGGUAUGGAAAUAAUAAUGCAUUUUCUUUUGUAAAGUGGUGUCUUGCAUCAGUCACCUUGUCUGAAGGACAAGUGGAUAAACUGGUUAAUUUCAAGCCCUGCAUGUUUUUUUCCCCCGAAAAGUCUCAUGGAAUGUAGGUCUACAUUGAACACCACACAUUGGCUGCUUCUGUAGGCUGAACGAUAGAACAGCCAUUUCCAUGUUAAAAUGUUAUUGGAUGCUUUGUCUCCAUUGUUUUUGGUAGGCCUACAUUAUGAUCAAUUCGCCACAGUAGCCUACUUGACCACUUAACUUAAAGAGGGUACAGCCUCAGUGUUCAUGUUGGAGCGAACCAUUAAGGAGAGCUGAGCAUUAAAUAGGUCUAGUUGCCAGGCUGAAGUAGCAAGGACAUGCACAUUAAGAGAAGACACCCAGGUUAUACUCUAUUUAUGAAAGAGUACAUUAACCAAGACCAUACGUACAUUUAUGACAGCUGGACGUACUAUGGUCAGCAGGAUACAGGAAGAAAGAUGGAAACAAGAUAACUGAUGACUAACACGUGAAACAAGCAUGCAAUGCAUACAUUAUUUUUAGGGCGUGAAAAGGGUUCUACCAUUGUUAUAACCUAACCAAAAGCAGGUAUGAGCGUUAGUGGGCGUGAACAAGCUCUGAGAUGAGAUGAAAAUAAUGGAGAAAGGUCAAGGGAAGCUAUUUUCAUAUAGAGGGAGGGGACCCUAUUCGUUAUGCAAAGACAGAAUCCUAUAAAGGCAGGACUCUGUAAUAUGAGAAUGUAGUCUCUUUCCAUGGAGGGGCUCGGCCGUGUUAUGUUUGUGAUAGGGUCCUUCCAUGGAAGGGCUCAGUUUUGCUACUUUGUAUUAAAGUGUAUAUUGAAUUCACAA